CUAUAAAAUUUAAUCCAAAAACUUUACAUUAAAAAAAUAUUCACCAAUCACUAUUCCCUUUAGCUACAGUAGAAUAAAAAAUUCCGAUACCCAUGUGCCACUAACCAGAUAUUUAUAUCCACAAAACCACAACUCUUUCUUUUGUUGUUACUGCGUCUUUUCAUCUUCAUUUCCAUUCACACAGCAUAAUCCAAUACUCUUCUUCUUUCUCUCACAAAACGAUGCCGCUGUCUCUUGAUACCAUCGGAAGAUCCAGCUUUGCUGAUUAUGGAUCGAUCUGCGAUCAGGAUUUCCCGGAGGAGGAUUCUGAUUCUGAUUCUUGUGGAUCGUCGCACUCUUCGCUAGGGAGGAACAGUGACUCGUCGGAAGAUUGUUCUGACCGGGAACUGGAUGAUUCCGGUGAAGUUGAGAAGAAAAGCGGUUUGGAUACUAUGAAUGAUUUGGAGGAAGGUUUACCAGUCAAGAAAGGCAUAUCCAACUUUUAUAUUGGCAAAUCAAAAUCAUUCACAAACUUAGCAGAAGCAGCAGGUGCAACAUGUGUUCAAGAGAUAGUAAAAGCAGAAGAUCCUUAUGCUAAAAAACGAAAGGAUUCACUAGCAAGAAACUUAUUAAUCGGAAGGAGCCGCAGUUAUGCGAAUGUUGGUGGAAUAUCAAACUCAAAGCGAACUUCUAACUUAGGCCGACGAACAUCUUGUCUCAAUCUGAGUUCCAACGCUGACAGUAGUGAUGAGGGGAAGAGUUCAAAUUCUAGGUCAAUAUCUCCUCCUUGUCCACUUCCUCCUCGUCAUCCUCUAGCAAAUGCUGCACGUCCUCGUCCUAGUCCUCCCAAGCGGGAUCUGCCUUUGCGCUCGUAUUCUUGGUCUGAUCUGAACUCUGUUGCUGAGGGUCAUGAUUUGGCUGGUUUGGCUAUUUGUAGUGGAAACAAAGACAAUAAAGUGCACUGAAUUUUGAUAGGAAUUUCACUUUUUAGUUGCUAGCAAUGGAGUUUAUGAAUUUGUUUUGUAUUUGAGAGUGUUAUCCAUGUGAACUCGCCAUAAACAUACUUUUGAGUAGGGUGUUGUAUAUUAUGAAUCUGAAAAGCCUACUUAUUAACAUAGACAAUUUAUGUCAACUUUCUUAA